CUUUUUUUAAGACUGCAAAUCCCUCGCAGAUUUUAAUAUAUGAAAGGCAAAUCAUCCAAUAAAGAGACGGAUGCCAUUUCCAUUACGAGGAAGCCAGCAAAGUUUUUCUGAUUAGCGAGCCUAUGACCAGAUCACAAGAGUCCACCACCCCACAGUUGUUUCUCCAUUACUUUUGUCGGUCACAAAGAAGCUUGUGGCCAUCAGAGCACGAAAUUUCGAGGAAGAUCACGAAGUUUGUGAUUUGUCCACACUUGAUUGUGCGUGUAAUUAUUUAUCUCUUGGCUGGUUCUUCUCGGAGGUUAGGGAUGAAAUUUCGAGGAAGACCACCAAAGUUGUUUGUCGGUUUGUGAUCUAUUACUAGUCCCUACUUUUGUCGGCCACAAAGAAGCCUGAGUCACGCGGUCUUACGCGGUUUUAUUUUACAAAUUUCUAAUAUUAUUCUUUGUUCACCGUACCCGAAGAAAGUCAUGCAUCUCUCACCUCUAGCAUAAGAGUAAAUCAACAAGAAGAUCAAGUGGUGGAUGAACUACCUGAAAACACAGUUUCAAAUCUUCUGCUAAAAGUCGUUUCCGAUUGUUAGAACUCCAUCAUCCAAUGGCUUCUUCAUCGAAACCCAAAAAGAUUUACGACGUCUUCUUGAGUUUCAGAGGUGCGGACGUGCGUAAGAACUUUCUCGGUCAUCUCUACAAAGCUUUAGACCAGAAUGGAAUAUACACUUUUCGUGAUAGCGAGGAAUUGAGAAAGGGAGACCAUAUAUCGGCAGCGCUUAUGAAGGCCAUCGAAGAAUCGUGCAUUGCAGUCAUCAUUUUCUCCGAGGACUAUGCUUCCUCAUGGUGGUGCUUGGAAGAGGUGGCGAAGAUUAUGGAAUGCAAGGAGCAAAAGAACCUCACCGUUCUACCAGUGUUUUAUAAAGUGGACCCAAGAGAAGUGAGAGGGGGCAGAAAGAGUUAUCGGAGAGCUCUGGCUAAGCAUGAGUCCAAGUUUGGGAAGGAUUCAGAGAAAGUGAAGAGAUGGAAGAAAGCUCUUUUCGAUGUUGGUAACUUGUCCGGGUGGCAUUUGACUGAUGGAGAUGAGUCAGAGCUUAUACAAAGCAUUGUGAAGAAGAUCUCCAUUCACCUAAACCGAACACAUUUGCAAGUUGCUAAGCAUCCGGUUGGGAUAGAGUCCCAAGUGGUUAAGUUGAAAUCAAUGUUCAACCUUGACUCUGAUGAUGAUGUUGUCAUGGUGGGAUUAUGGGGACCAGGAGGCAUAGGCAAGACAACUUUAGCAAAAGCCCUUUACAAUACUAUGUUUAGACAAUUUGAGGGUUCAUGUUUUCUAGCAGAUGUUCGAGAGACUUCAAAAGGUUUCCGGGGUUUAGUUACCUUGCAAGAAAUGUUCCUAAAUGAUAUAUUAUUACCGCAACAAAGAUUAGAAGUGUCCAAUGUUGAUGAAGGUAUUAAUAUCAUACAACACAGACUUGGUCGCAAAAAAGUUCUCCUCCUCAUUGAUGAUGUGGAUGACUUGCGCCAAUUAGAUGCUUUAGUAGGAGAAGGCAACUGGUUUGGUAAUGGAAGUAGGAUCAUUGUUACUACAAGAGAUAGACAGUUGCUAACUUGUCAUGGGAUAGAUCAAGAUCAUGUGUAUGAAGUUAAACCAUUGGGUUACAGUGAAGCUCAUGAGCUGCUUAGGAAUCAUGCUUCUCCGAGACACAAAAAAUUAGAAAUUAGGACACAUCUAGUGAAGAGUGUUCUGAAUCAUGCUAAAGGCCUUCCUUUAGCACUUGUGGUUCUAGGUUCCUUAUUAUAUGGUACAACAGAAGAUAUAUGGGAAAGUACAUUAAAGAAACUUUCUAGGAUUCCUGACAAAACCAUUAAUGAUGUGCUCAAAAUAAGUUAUGAUGGACUAGACGAAAAUGAGAAAGAGAUCUUUCUCCAUAUUGCCUGCUUCUUUAAGGGGCGGGCUAGAGAGUACACAAAGAAAGUCCUCGACAGUUGCGAUCUACAUACAACUGUAGGAUUAGAUAUACUCAUUAAGAGGUCCUUAAUAAGCAUUGAGUAUGGAGGCCUAAAAAUGCAUGACUUGAUUCAAGCAAUGGGGAUAGAUAUUGUGAACCAAGAAUGUCGAGAUGAUCCUGGAAGACGUAGCAGAUUAUGGCAGUAUGACGAUGUUCUCGAUGUUCUUUCACGUGACAUUGGAGAUUGUGCUGUAAAAGCCAUAGUGUUGGAGCCACCUGAGCUUAAACAAAUAUGUAUCGGUGGUGAUGCUUUUACUAAAAUGAGAAGGUUGAGAUUGCUCAUUGUGCGCAAUGUUUCUUUCCAAGGUCCUAUGUGUCUUCCUAAUGAGCUAAGAUGGUUUGGAUCGCAUGGAUGUACUUCCUGGAUUCCAGAAUUUUCAUCUGAUCCAAAGAAAUUAGUGGGAUUUGAUAUGCAUGAAAGCAGUAUCACAGUAGUGCCAAAACAACUUAAGGAGUUCCAACAAUUGAAGUACAUUAAUUUCAGUUACUGCAAGUCGCUUAUUAGUAUGCCCGACCUCUCAUGUACUCCAAAUCUCGAGGAAUUGGAUCUUGGGGGAUGCAAAAGCUUGGUAGAAGCCCACGAGUCGAUUGCAUAUCAUGACAAGUUACAGGUGUUGAAUUUAAGGAACUGCUCUGAACUUAGUGUUUUUCCAAAUAUGCUCAAGUCAAAAAACCUUCGAGCUCUCCAUCUUCAAAAAUGCACAAAAUUUGAAAGGUUUCCUGAUAUUCCACAUAAACUCGAAGGCUUGAAAGAGCUUUGGUUAGAAGGGACCGCUAUUAAAGAACUUCCUCAAUCAAUAGAAAAUCUUGUCUCUUUGAAGAAAAUGGAUUUAUGUAGUUGCAAGAACCUGAUAAGUCUUCCGUCUAGCAUUUACGGGUUACAAAACCUUGAAGAGUUGGUACUUUUUGAUUGCACAAAUUUAUUUCGGUUCCCAAAGUACGAGGAUUCGGCUGAUCCCAUGAAGACUGGACUUUCAAGUUUACGCUGGUUAAACCUUGUGGGAUGCAAUCUGUUCGAAGUAGAGUUUCUUGAGAAUCUUUCAUGUUUUCCCAGCUUAGAAGCAUUAAUUCUGGCGUGGAACAAUAUUACUAGCCUUCCUACAUCCAUCAAUAAGCGGGAUCGUUUGUCCUUAUUGCAUGUUGAAAGUUGCCAUAAGUUACAAGAGAUUCCUGAGCUUCCACCACUUUUGAAUUGUCUUCUGGCGGAUGGUUGCGAAUCUUUGCAAAAAAUUGGAGAUUUAACUUCAUUUCAUAAUUUUGUCCAUAGAGGGUUGAGCAUGGCUAACAUUUCCCCACUUGAGAAUCCUCGUCGUUACAUGAUUUGUCUCCCCAGAGGAGAGAUGCCUGAGUGGGUCCUCCCUAUUGACGAGGAUUCCGUAUUUUUCCAGGCUUCAAAGGACUUGUAUGACAAGUUACUUGGAUUUGCUCUCUGUGCUAUUCUCAGUAAUGAUGAGCAGGGUAAUGAUGCACAAGAGAGAUUCGAAUUUAGGAUUGAACCGCGUGUUAAUGGCAAAAGGCAGGAUUACGAUCUACCAUAUCAAGAUCCCUUGUAUACAGAUUCAAAUCGUAUCUGGCUUGAGUAUUUUAUACCGUCUAAACUGUGGGGAGUAGUCGAUUUUGGUAAAAGUGAUGGGAGUUGGGUACAAUUUAGCCUUAGAGUAUCGGGUGGACUCGUGAAAAAGUGGGGAUUCCGAAUAAUAUGCAAGCAACUAAAUGACAAUUUAAAGAUUAUGCUCCAGGACAACCAGUUAAUGGAUCCAGCUUUCCUCUAUGAGAUUGGUUAUGACUCAAUAGAUUUAGAAUCCGAGAGUUCACUUAUACACGAAAAUAAUUCGAGCGAAGCAGAUCCUCAAGAAGACUUGCAAGAUUGUCAAAUGAGUAUUGAGGAACAUAGUCAAAUAGCACUAAAGAGAAAUCACGAGCUUUUCUCCCUCGAGGAAUGCGACCCAAGACCAUGUGGACUUCUAAUUCGAUUGGCAGAGACGAGUAUGGCAGUGUUUGCUCGCUGCUUUUGUUGUUAGAAUGAUCGAGAAACUUGCCAAUGAAGCAAUUCGUAGGCAAACUUCGAACCCCAUCGAUCCACUUUGAGCAUCACGACUUCUCACCUUCAAUCCGGCACCACCGAGCUCUGACGAAUGGAAGAUUGCCACCUGCCAACGGAAGCGACAAGAAGAGGAAGUUCGUCUUCCUGUAACGGAGUCCCUAGCGGACUGAUGGCGACAGAGCGGGGGGCAACGGAUUACCACUGCGGACCAAAGCCAUGGAAACUGAUGACGUAGCUUCGGGUGAACGAUUCUCUCCUGAGGUACCGGUCGUCAUGCAGCUUGCUAUAGAUCAGGUAACAGCAGGCACAUCCGAAUUGUAUUAGUUGAUGUGAUACUUGAGCUGGAUUUUGAAUUCGAUUUGUUUGGUGCUACAACUGCGCGGGAACUUGAAGAAUGUGUGGUUGAAUUUGUUCGAGAGACGUUCAAUUAGUGUUUCUUCGUAAGUUUAGUCUGUUGAUGCUUGGUGGUGAAUUCAUUGGUAAUCAACAUUACACGCUGCAAUAUCAGCAACAAUCCCUAGAAGGUAUUGUCUCUUUUUUCAUAGGUGGCGACUUAUUUAAAGAAGUAGGUGAAGUCUAGGUUCAAAGGAAAAACGAUUGAGGGAGAGUGAAACAAUGGGUAGUAGGUUCAGUCCGCUUUUCAGGCGAAGAACUGAGCCAAUUUGGAUGGAGA